CUCCAAUCUCCAUCGUGGAUCUCUUGCCUACCACACUUCCUUGUUUCCCCCACCUUCAUCAACUUGCGUAGCUUUCACCCUCUUUAGCCGCCAUUGAUUUGAUCCCCCACCACACCUUCAAAGAACCAUAUAAAGAAGGGGUUCCAGCCAUGGUGGAACUAGCUAGCUAGUGUGGGAGAGAGAUCGAGUGACUAAAGAUCAUCAUCAUGAAGAUGGUAGUGGUGGCCGAGUGUGGUCUGAGGGUUGGAACCGUGGUGGCUCUGGUUCUGGCGGCAUGUCUGGUCGGACUGGAUUCUCAGACGAAAUACAUCUUGUUUCUCGACAAAACGGUCACAUACAAGAACUUGAACUCUCUCAUAGCUUUGGUGUACGUGGAUAUAGCGGCUGCUGCUUAUAACUUGACUCGACUUGUGUUAACGCUAUUAAUGGGGGGAUAUCGACGGUCAAGGUCGCCGUCGUCGGAGACUUCGUUGAAUGCUCCCAUCGUGUCCUGGGGUUGCUACUUCUUAGACCAGAUGGGGGUGUACGUGACGUUUGUGGCGACAUUAGCAGCUCUGCAACAAUGUUCACUAGUGAUGACGGGGCAAAAAGAGCUGCAAUGGCUGAAGUGGUGCAACAAGUUCACCAGAUUCUGCCUUCAGAUCGGCGGCGGCCUCUUCUGCAGCUUUAUAGCCUGCAUUCUCAUGGCACUAAUUUCCUUCAUAUCGGGGUUCCACUUGUUCAGACUCUACUCUCCAACCCGCUUCCUCCGCCUCAAGGAGAUCACGACCCCUCCGCCGGCAACGGCCACGGUGAAAACAUUAUUUAAUUAAUUUGUCACAAUAAUGUAAAACAAUUAUAAAAUGUGUAUUAUUGUUGACUGGUUUAAUUUGAUUCUCUAACUUGACAAUAUAUACCACAUGCAGUUGGAACAAAGACAUUAGGUGAAU